GACACAAAACACACACCUAAGCCCACUCAUCAUCAAAAUCUUUCUUCUUCAUAUUCAACAAUCAAUCUAAGUCCGUAUUUCCUACUGUACACCCAAUGGGCACGCCCCACAACCGCCGUCGCCGCCGCGCGUGGCCCUCCUUCGCCGCCGCCGUCGUGGCCCUCCUCCUCCUCCUCUCGUCCGUUUCCGGCGCCUACCUCCGCCUCAACCCAUCUCCCCAACUCAGUUCGGAGAGAGGGCCGGCGCGGCGGAGGCUGGGGGGGCCGGGGUCGUCGCCGCCGACAUGCAGAUCCAGGUGCGGACGGUGCGCGCCCUGCGAGCCGGUUCACGUGCCGGUCCAACCCGGGUUCAGCAUGCCGCUCGAGUACUACCCGGAAGCCUGGAGGUGCAAGUGUGGGGACAAGCUGUUCAUGCCUUAGAACAAAGAAAAAACAUAGUUUAUUAUUUUUAUUGUCCCCCAAAAAAAAUAUAUAUUUAUAAAUCGGUGUAAUUUUUGUAGGGAUUUGGGAAAAAAUAAUUUUUAUGAAUAUUGAUUUUGCAUUUUUUGCUAUGCAUAUGUAACAAAGUGCAGAAAUUAAACACAGUGG